AUGGAAACUGUACUCGUAGUCGGAGCUUCUGGCAACAUAGGGGUUUCUGUCAUAAUAGCUGCUUUGCGAAGCGGGCGCCGAGUGCUCGCCAUAGUCCGAAACAGUGCUGCAGAACAGAAAAUUGUACAACACGUUGGGACAAAGGAUGGAAUCACCUUCGUUGAGGCUCAGGCAACAGAUGAGAGCAGCGUUCAAAAAGUGGUUGACAGAGUCAAAGCCGGUGAACUCCCAGAUUUCCAACACGUCUUUUCUGCCGUCGGCAAGAUGGAGACCACACAUCCCACACAAAAUCUUCAAAUGUCCGCCUUCCGCGAUAUCAUGAGCAUCAACUUGGAGGGAAACUUUUUGGCCUAUCGAGCUACCAUUCCGUACUUGAUCGAUCAAGGAUAUCCUGACGCCACCUGGACGCUCGUAACAGGAUCACUGGGCGACUUGGGUUUUGCUGGCGUCACAGCUAUAUCGCAAGGCGCUCUUUUCUCCUUGGCAAGCGUAGCCUGUCUAGAGAACCUCAAGACCAAUGUUCGCUUCAAUGAGGUGUAUCUGGGCUAUCGCGUCGACUAUGAUUCGGUCGUCGAGGAGGAAGGAGGGGAUAAUCGGAUGAAAUCCUCCGAAUUUGCCCAUGUCUAUGAGACCAUUCUUGCCAAUAGAGAUAUCAGAGGGUGUCGAAUAACGGUUUCUGGCCCAGAGGACGUUGAUCAGCUCAAGUAUAAAAAGAAGCUCCCGGACUAUGAUUACGACUCACUAUUUGCCGAGUAUAUGUAA